UGCCUAGGCAGUGGUGUAAAGGCUGGAGGAAACACCCGAACAUGUGGAAUCCCAAUGCCGGGCAUCAAGGGCCAUAUCCACACCCGCCUAAUGUCAGGUACCCUGGAGGUUGCAAUCCUGCCCAUCCACCACCGGCCAACCCUGUCUGUCCUCCAGGCCCCUUUCCGACUCCCCCAGGAGCACCCCAGGGGAAUCCAGCCUUUCCCCCUUGUGGGCCCUGUUAUCCUGUGCCACAACCAGGGUAUCCAGGAUGCCAACCCUCAGGUCCCUACCCUCCUCCAUACCCACCACCUGCCCCUGGCAUGCGUCCUGUAAAUCCAUUGACUCCUGGCAUGGUAGGACCAGGAAUAGUGAUUGACAAGAAGAUGCAGAAGAAAAUGAAGAAAGCUCAUAAAAAGAAGCAGAAACACCACAAGCAUGGCAAGCAUUCCUCCUCCUCCUCCUCCUCCUCUUCCAGCAGUGACUCUGAUUGAAUACAGGGCCUGGACCCUUCCCUCAAGUCUCUCCAGUUCUGCUCUCCCAUCAAGCUUCAGAUGCCAUCUUGUACUGGGGGAAAUAUAGCCCCCGUGUCCCUCUCCCGCCACCACCCCUGCAAUCUAAGCCUCACUCUGCUGAUAAACCCUAACUGGCUAGGGAAAAUGAGAAAAGAAUUGCCAUCAGCUAACAAAGGCCGUCUUUUCACUGCUUGGAUAGAACUUUUAGCUGAUGGGUUUUGCAGGAGAACUAUUUUUUGAAGAUGGAGAUUUGAACUAAAUGCUGAAGACAAGUCUAAGAUCUGUAACAUGUGAUUUUUUACUUUGUUUUUUAAUACUUAUGAUUGGGGAGAUGCUGUGGAAAUUUAGUUAUGGAAAGAAAAAAGUGACCUGUACCUUUCUUGUAAUUGUGGCACGCUUGGGUGAUUUAGUGGCAAAUAAACAUUUCCCAGCAGGCCUUUUAUUGAUUGCACUCCCUGCAAGGCUGCUGGGAAAUGGAGUCCAUUUGGUUGAUGAGCUCUGACUGCCAUUUUGGAAACUAAUCUCUGCUCCUUAGCUUAGUAUGCUAUCUCAGGUCUUCCUCUCACUCUCCAACUCUCAAAAUAAAGCUGUUUCUCCUGGACUCUGUUCACCUGUGCCAUUACCGUGGUUGGGUCUAGCACAUUCUGCUACUUUUGCUGCCCUUUCACAGACCCUUUAAAGUGUAUCAGUUAUAUGGUAAGGAACCAGAGCGUCAUCAGGAAGACACCCUACUGUCCCUAUAUGUCUCUACGGGGAGGAUCCUUCAGAAUUGGUUCAGGCUUAGUGAAAUGAAUCUUUGAUGUCUUCCAUUUGAUGAAUGGAUAUAGGUCUUAAGGAUAAGUUUUCGUUAUCU